AUCAUCGGCGGACAGGAAGCGGUCCCGCACGAGCUCCCGUACCAGGUGUCCCUGCAGUGGAACUACGGUAAUGACUCCAUCCCACGGAUGCACUUCUGCGGCGGAGCGCUCCUGAACGACCGCUGGCUAGUGACGGCGGCCCACUGCAAUGCGACCUACAGUGCGGACGGGUUCAUAGAGGUCGUGGUCGGAGCACACAACAUCUCGGACUUGGCGGAGUCCCCGAGCCAACGGCGGAAGCUCGAGCGGCUGGUAGUGCACGAGGACUACUGCUGGGCGGUCUGUCCGAACGAUCUGGCCCUGAUCCGGGUGGAACCCCCGUUCGAGCUUGGGCCCCACGUCCGGCCGAUUAGAUUGCCCGGACGGAACGAGACGUUCUCCGGAAACGCCCUGGUCAGUGGGUGGGGUGCUACGGACCCGGCUCCCAUUAAUCCACAGUAUCCCGAUAAGCUGAGGAAAGCCGUGCUGCCGCUGGUGGACUUCGACACCUGCCGGCAGCUCUGGUACGACGUGAGCCAUCUGUCCCGCACGAACGUGUGCGCGGGGCUGGACGAUGGCUCAAGGUCCUCGUGCACGGCCGACUCCGGUGGACCGCUGGUGACGCUGGCAGGCGAUGGUGGCGAUGACCCCACGCUGAUCGGGCUCGUCUCGUGGGGCCCAUUCCCGUGCGGCUCUCCCUGGCGGCCCAACAUCUUCACCGGGGUGGCGUACUUCAUCGACUGGAUCGAGCAGCACAUGAACUGA